AUGCAGGAAUUGUCUGGUGGGCCACGUCCGGUAGCAAAUGAACGCAAUGAGAGUUUGGUUGGGUUUCUCAAACACUUGGGUACAAGCUAUGGUGGACAGGUGCAGCUUGAGAUUGACGAGUUUCUUGGGGGGCUCGAGAGUGACUCUGAUGGCGACACGACAUCCCCACAAACGAUGCCUGAGCAAGUCGGCAGCAGAGAACGAUCUGGCACGAACGAAACAGAACUCGUCUGUCCCCAUAUCGCUGCCCCCAAUUUCAACAAUGAUGUCCACACCGUUGCCGGAUCCAUCGUGACAUACUCGGCAAUACCGAUCCAACAGCAACAGCGAGUCUUCGCCAACCCUCCGAAGAUGGCAAAAGCGAAAGGAUAUGACAGCAGACUCACUUGUAAUACCGUGUUGAAGCGAUGCAAUACCAAAGCCUACUAUCCUCUCCCCAUCCCCGUAUCAACCUCCACAGCCCCACAAUGUUUCAAAACCCGCCCCCAAACAGCCUUCCCCUCAAUCUCACCAACGGUCAGCGGCCACAAUACCCUCCCCGCACCAUCCUCCCACCCAAUCGGUCUCACACCACCAAAAGCAUCUUCAUACUCCGGCGCCGCACUCAUAUUCCCCGAAUCCACCGUCGUCAUCGCAACGCGCCGUGAGUGCCACGCCGUCGCCGCCUCGGUUUCGGUAAUCAUGUUCAGCGCAGCUUUGGACAUGUUGCCUUGCGGUUUGGUGGGCGUUGAGGACGAUGGGGAUUUGGCGCAGCCCAUUAGUGAGAAUAAUUCGCGGAUAAGGAUGAGCGGGCAGAAGCUGUUUACGCUGUGGGCGCAUAUGAUGUCCUCGUAG